AAACUCAAAAAAAAACAUAUCUUACUCUGUUUUUCCCCUGUUUUGAAUUAGUUUCUUUACUUACUCUGUUUCCUUUGUAAGCUUUGAGAUAAGAUAAAGAAGGAUGGUUGAAGUAGAAAGAGUUGAGACUUUAGCAAAGAGCGGAAUCAUAUCGAUCCCGAAAGAGUACAUUCGUCCCAAAGAAGAGCUCGAGAGCAUCAACGAUGUUUUCCUCGAAGAGAAGAAAGAAGACGGUCCUCAAGUUCCCACUAUCGAUCUAAAGAACAUCGAAUCAGAAGAUCAAAAGAUCCGCGAGAGUUGCAUAGAGGAGCUUAAAAAGGCAUCUUUGGAUUGGGGAGUUAUGCAUUUGGUCAACCAUGGUAUACCAGUUGAUCUGAUGGAGCGUGUGAAGAAAGCAGGAGAAGAGUUCUUCGAGUUGCCCGUGGAAGAGAAGGAGAAGUAUGCGAACGAUCAAGCCACCGGGAAAAUUCAAGGGUAUGGGAGUAAGCUGGCUAACAACGCGAGUGGACAGUUGGAAUGGGAAGAUUACUUCUUUCAUCUUGUUUAUCCUGAAGACAAGAGAGAUCUAUCACUUUGGCCUAAGACACCAAGUGAUUACAUUGAAGCAACAAGUGAGUAUGCGAAGUGUCUUCGUUUGCUAGCAACAAAAGUCUUUAAGGCUCUCUCUAUUGGUCUAGAUUUAGAGCUUGACCGUCUAGAGAAAGAAGUGGGUGGUUUGGAAGAGCUUCUUCUACAAAUGAAGAUCAAUUACUAUCCAAAAUGCCCUCAGCCUGAGCUAGCACUUGGCGUGGAAGCUCACACCGAUGUAAGCGCCUUAACCUUCAUUCUACACAACAUGGUUCCUGGUUUGCAGCUUUUCUACGAGGGCAAAUGGGCCACUGCGAAAUGUGUUCCUGAUUCUAUUGUGAUGCACAUUGGAGAUACUUUGGAGAUUCUAAGUAAUGGGAAGUAUAAGAGUAUACUUCACCGUGGACUGGUGAAUAAGGAGAAGGUUAGGGUAUCUUGGGCUGUGUUUUGUGAACCACCAAAGGAUAAGAUUGUUCUUAAGCCGUUGCCGGAGAUGGUGAGUGAUGAGUGUCCGGCUAAGUUUCCUCCAAGGACAUUUGCUCAACAUAUUGAGCAUAAGUUGUUUGGUAAGGAACAAAAGGAAUUGGUGCCUGAGAAAAAGGAACAUAAGGAAUUGGUGUCUGAGUUUAAGCAUCAUAAGGAAUUGAUGUCUGAGAAAAAGGAACAUAAGGAAUUGGUCUCUGAGAAAAAGGAUCAUAAGGAAUUGAUCUCUGAGAAAAAGGAUUAUAAGGAAUUGGUCUCUGAGAAAAAGGAUCAUAAGGAAUUGGUCUGUGAGAAAAAGGAUUAAGUUUGUGUCUGUAGUCUUCUUAUAUGUGUAAGCGUUUCUUUUGUUUUGUGUUCUUGUCUUUAUCAUGUAUUUGUGUGUAUUUGAUUGAAGAUGUGAAGACAUCUUUAUACGGCUGGUGUCAUUGUGAUAUUUUUUCUACCUUCAUUUUCUAAAUUGUUUACAAUA